AGGAAGCUGUUUGUGGGGAUGCUAAACAAACAACAGACUGAGGAGGAUGUGUACCGCCUCUUUGAGCCCUACGGAGUCAUCGAGGAGUGCACCGUCCUAAGAGGUCCUGACGGAAACAGCAAAGGCUGUGCCUUUGUAAAGUUCUCCACACAUGCUGAGGCCCAGUCUGCAAUCAGUGCCCUUCAUGGCAGCCAGACCAUGCCAAACGGCUCCGAUUCUCUCCCCCCCCAGGGCGCGUCCUCCAGCCUGGUGGUGAAGUUUGCCGACACCGACAAGGAGCGCACCAUCCGCCGCAUGCAACAGAUGGUGGGCCAGUUUGGCAUCUUCAACCCAGCCAUCGCCCUUCCCUUCAGCACCUACAGCACCUACGCACAUGCAGCACUGCUGCAGCAUGACAAUGAGCUCAUGCAGCAGCAGGCAGCCAUCAUGGCAGCGAGCCACGGGGGCUACCUGACGCCCAGCAUGGCCUUCCCCGCCACCCAACUCCACCAGAUGGGGGCACUCAGCAUCAACGGCCUCCCACCCAACUCCAUGACCUCGGUGUCUGGGGAGUUCCAUCAGGCACUGGGCCUUAGCUCUCCACCAGCCAACAUCACCACUCCCAGCAUCGUCACUCCCAUCGUCAACGGCUUCACGGGCAUCCCCCACCAUCAGCCCAACGGACAUCCCGCCGUGGAGACCAUGUACAGCAACGGCCUGCCGUCCUACUCCACCCAGAGCCCCACCGCCGCAGACACCCUCCAGCAAGCCUUCACCGGAGUACAGCAAUACACAGCUAUCUACCCAGCUGGCACACUGACUCCCAUAGGCCAGACACUGCCUCAGCCAUCACAGGUCAUCCAGCAGCAGCAACAGAGAGAAGGUGAGGGGCCUGAGGGCUGUAACCUGUUCAUCUACCACCUGCCACAGGAGUUUGGAGAUAAUGAACUCAUGCAGAUGUUUCUGCCUUUCGGGAGCGUCAUCUCCUCCAAGGUCUUCAUGGACCGAGCUACCAACCAGAGCAAAUGCUUCGGGUUUGUGAGCUUCGACAACCCAGCUAGCGCACAGGCAGCUAUUCAAGCCAUGAACGGCUUUCAGAUUGGAAUGAAGAGGUUGAAAGUCCAGUUGAAACGACCGAAGGAUGCCAGCCGCCCUUACUGACACAACCUAGCCCUCAGUAUUCACUGCAACAGCACAGGUUUUGAGGACAACUGAAGAUAUCUUGAAGGAGUUCAACUUUUUUUCUUUGAAAACAAAAAUUAUGUUUAAAAAAAAUCCACACAAGGAAUUUUCGAAGACAUAUCAGCAUUUACUUAUGAAGAAGACGUAGGCUAUUGCAAUGAUGAAGAGAUUGAAGAAGGUGUGAAGGAGUUGGCAGCAGCUACACCGAAGGACUUCAACGCAACAAACGGCACAGUGCAAGAAAUACAAGAGAAGUAAAAAAAAAAAAAAAACUGAAAAAAGAUGUGAAACUUUUCUUGUGGAGACUUGAAUUGUUAAUUAAGCAACAAACAAACAAAAAAGCAGCAACAACAAAUAGAUUUCUAUAUACGUAUUAUAUACACAUAUAUAUAAAGAAAGAGGCGCUUGUGGCUUUUACUAUACUGGAUAAAUGAGGGUUAACACUUGAAGAUCAAGAAAAACAGUGGAAAAAAAGAAGCUAUUCUGUCCCACUGAUGGACUUUCUUUCUCUUUCCCUCUUUCUCUUAUUCUCUCACCAUCUCUCAGCAAGCGCCAGACUAUGACUUUCUGGGGUCACUGAGGUUUCCAUUAGCUACAGUACAACUGAAAAUCUUUCACCCCUAAGGGACCAAAGGACCAAACAUUUUUAUUGCUCUCAACAGUAAUAUAAUAUAGUAUUAAUGAUACUAAUACUACAAACUACUACUAAUAAUGUUACAAGUUAAAACUUAAGAAGAAACUUACUAGCUUCAGGUUGGAGCAGGAAAAGGGGUUUUUCUUUUAUUUUCCUUUUACAUUUAUAGCUACUGGGUUUGAGAAUAUUUAAAAAUCAAAAAAAAAAAAAAAWGUAUUUUAAAAGCUAUACUAUUUUAGUGGACGUAGAAUAUGUGGAUUAGAGAUUGUUUCGGGCAUGUUCAGAUCUGCUGUUAGCAGUCAUCAUUCCAAAUCUGGACUCAUCAUCUUGGACAUAUCUCUCUAGUAACUUCUCUGUGUUGAAGGAACAAAGCAACUCUGAGUAGCUGCCCAUAAAGCGCCACACUGUAGUGCCAAAAGAUAUCCCGGAAAUUGUGUCAAACCAAACAUUCAAGGCAUACAGUGUAUUGAACAAUAUUUCCAAUCUUCUGCUGUUUCUAGUCCCCCUGUCAGCGCACUGCGUUCCAUUGUGAUGUAUUAUCAUUGUAGACCACCAUCUUUUUUUAUUGCAGAAAAGGCAUUCCGUGUCAGGAAAAAGCGCGGCAGCGUCAUUAAAGCACUGAUAAUACAGAUAAUCUGACCAUAAAGCACAGCUGUAAAAGUGCCACCCGCUAGUGUGGAUACGGAGCAGUAAAGGAGCUCAACAUCUUUAACUGG